AUGUUGUCUAUUUGUGCAGGUACCGCAAACCCAGUUAUCAAUCCUGCAGCGAUUAGAUCAUCUCCAAAUAAAUCAAAGCAGUCAACAUCAAAUGAUUCCACGACAAUUCCAAAGACGACAAAAGCUAACACUUCCAAAGAACCAAAUAAAACUGCCAAACUCACCGAUGAACAAAUUGAUUCGCUAGUCAACAAGUAUGUCGUUGCUGAUGAUACUCAAAUGAGUAUAGAUUUAUGUGCAGGGAUGUCGAAAAAUGCAAACGAUGCUAGAUUGGACCAGUUUGGGAGUAGCGAUGACGAGCCCCUCUCCAAUUUGAAGAAGGAGAAUGUCCCGAAAAAAAGGAAACGCGGUGCUGAGCUCGUUGGCCAAAGAAAAAUGAAGAAGUACGAAGAACUUUUAUUGAAUAAAUCAUUAUUGAAAAACAACGAGUUUUGCGUGAUCUGCUUCAAGUAUAUACCUAAGAUAGGCCAACACAUCAAGCAGUGCCACAGGAGAAUGCCCAAAGAUAAAAUUGAAUGUAAACGUUGUAAGAAAUCAUUUUAUUACAGCUCUUUUCUCGCUGUCCAUAAAUGUAUAAAAGAGUAGUCCCUGGGUGAGACGAAUAAAGGGAACUAAGGAGCUGCCCCAUCCUAUGCUGUCUACUUAUGACCGAAUGAAGCCGUGUCGGCCUUCUUUUGGUGAGAUUGAUGCUUGGUGAUUUCGAUUUAAUAUCAGAAGUUGAUAAUGGUAUUAUUGAAUGUUAUGUGUAUUUACAUAAUAUAUGUUUAAGACAUGGCGUGUUCUGCUUAUAAAUGUGGAAAUUUGAGUAAUGAGGAAGAACUUGGGAUCAAUUUCAAUAGGUUAGUCAUUCAUUGAGAUCUUGGUUUUUGUGUUGUUAUAUGAAUAAAAAUAGAUAUUUGCUAAAUUCGCUUUCAUUACGUUA